AUGUCUGCUUUUACAAAUGUCCUGAACACAAGCAGCCUGCUGUGUGACUGUCACAUGCAGUGGCUGGGUCCUUGGUUAACAGAAAGCCAGUUUCAUCAAUCUGUCUCAGCUUUCUGUGCCCAUCCUUCUAAUCUCCUCGGUCGCAGUGUCCUGUCCAUCAGCCCAGAGGAGUUUGUUUGUGAUGGUUUCCCCAAGCCUCAGAUUACUGCUCAUCCAGAAACAUCUGUGGCUUUACGGGGCAACAAUGUGACUCUGAGCUGCAUUGCAUCCAGCAGCAGCAACUCCCAAAUGACCACUGCAUGGCGAAAGGAUGGGGAGGUGCUUUAUGAUGCAGAAGUGGAAAACUAUGCUCGGUAUCAAGAAGGAGAUCUCAUCUAUACCACUGUGCUUCACCUCCUUAAUGUCAACUUCACUGAUGAGGGGUGUUAUCAGUGUGUUGUCUCCAAUCACUUUGGUUCCAACUACUCCAGUAAGGCCAGGCUUACAGUCAAUGAGAUGCCCUCUUUUCUUAAAACUCCUAUGGAUCUAACCAUUCGCACUGGGACCAUGGCCAGGCUGGAGUGUGCUGCUGAGGGCCAUCCGUCACCACAGAUUGCUUGGCAGAAGGAUGGAGGCACUGACUUUCCAGCUGCGCGAGAGCGCAGGAUGCACGUGAUGCCGGACGAUGACAUCUUCUUCAUUGCCAAUGUAAAAACUGAAGACAUGGGAGUGUACAGCUGCACAGCUCAAAAUACAGCUGGCAGUCUGUCAGCAAAUGCUACUCUCACUGUUCUGGAAACUCCAUCCUUCAUGCGGCCUCUGGAAGACAGAACAGUGGCUCAUGGUGAAACUGCAGUCCUUCAGUGUAUAGCUGGAGGCAGCCCCGCUCCACGUCUCAAUUGGACCAAAGAUGACGGACCCCUGGUGCUAACAGAGCGCCACUUUUUUGCUGCGGCCAAUCAGCUCCUUAUUAUCGUUGAUGCCGGGCCAACCGAUGCUGGUAAAUACACCUGCAUUCUGUCUAACACGCUCGGUACAGAACGUGGCCACAUCUACCUCAGUGUCUCACCAUCACCCAACUGUGAGACCGGAGCCAUGUACGACCAUGACGGCUGGACGACUGUGGGCAUCGUGGUGAUUGUUGUGGUGUGCUGUGUGGUCGGGACGUCACUGGUGUGGGUUAUUGUCAUCUACCACAUGCGCAGGAAGAGUGACGACUACAGCAUCACCAACACUGAUGAAAUGAAUUUGCCAACAGAUAUUCCCAGCUACCUGUCCUCUCAGGGAACUUUGUCAGAGCCUCAGGAAGGUUACAGUAACUCGGAGGCUGGCAGCCACCAGCAGCUCAUGCCUCCACUCUCCAAUGGAUACAUUCAUAAAGGCACGGAUGGAGUGUGUUAUGGAGACAUGGGCAGUGAGGUGGAAAUCGAAGCGAACGACAUGCUGCACUGCAAGAUGGUCUCCCUGUUCUCUGGCCGAAGCAGCUUCCAUCCUGGGGAGUCUCGUGACGGCUUAUUAGGAGUUUCGUCUGGUGGUGCAGGGCCUCUUGUCAUCUGCUCCGACUGUUACGAUAACGCCAACAUCUACUCUCGAACACGAGAGUACUGCCCGUAUGCUUAUCUGGCAGAGGACGAUCAACUGGACAAGACUCUCCCAAGCCUCAGUGAGCAUGCCCAGCUUGAGGACACAACCCUGGAGAGCCUCAUCCGCAGCCAGGACCCCUCCGUCUAUCUCACCUCGCACGAUAAAAGAACUUGCAGCCUUCCAGCUCCAGAGCGUUAUGUUAAUGAUUCUCUUAGCAGAUGUUUCUGGAGAGAAAGCGAAGAUCUAUCCUCCAGAGCCCUAUCAGAAGCCUCACAGCUCUCAGUAACACCACACAGGACUCCUCCUUUGACUUCCACUGCUGAUGGGGCAGUGGAGCAGAGUGAAGCAGACACUAACUAUAGCUCAAGCAAAUGCAGCCAGGACCACAGAAGUGCCUCUUACAGGACUAAGACACAGGAACUUCCAGCUCCCACAUAGGAUCUUUAAAGUCUAGCCACGUUUGGCCUCAGACUUGUUGCUGCACCUCCUCCCUGGUCCUCACUUUACCCACUACCUCCAAAGAGAUUUUUCACAUUCUGCCAAAGAUGUUCUCUUGUAUGUUUACAUUCCCCCUUUCACUCGAGAGGACAUGCUAACAUUCUUCACUGCGGAGAAAACCUGCCGCGUCUGGCUGGAUAAAUUGACCGGUGAUUAAAGUGACCUUCCUGACAUUCCCACCUCAGGAGCACUCCGUUCCCCCCCCCACAUCCUCUGGUCUUCUGGGUCUGGUACAAGAGAAAUCAAUCAAUGAAUGUAUGCUUUAAAGAACUGUGUCAGAGGACACACAGACAGGGUUGCAUCUUCACUUAUCAAACCCUGGUGCUGUGGGACUGAGCUGUGUCUCAUCAUUCCUGGUGCAGACACAUACACGACUUUAGAAC